GGUCCCUGAUACAAAUGGGAAAAUAUGGUGCAAACAUGCCACCAAACUUUAUGCCGCUGCUCUUUAUUUGUCAAAAAGGAUUUAAUUGUUGCUAGAAUGUUAACAUAUGCAGUCUGUACUGUAAUGAUGAGCCAUGUUGCAGGAUUCUCUCACCUAUAAAUUCGAGGACAUUGUAUUGUGUUUUCUGAUUUUGUGCUGUGUGGCAAAGUUGAAAAGGCAAUGGACGAACCACGUCAUGAAGUGUGUGCUCCACACUGGACAGAGUGGGUUGAAUGGCUUCCUGUCUCAUUGCCCCCCCCCUUUCUUCAGUUAGUUUAAAAGCGAGUUUACUUGGGUCAUCUCGUAGGCGAAGUAGUUUCAAACAAGUUUUUCGCUUCCAUGCUUAGGACAUGGAUUUUAGAAAUGCAUCGUUGCUAUGGAAAAUUGUCUUUUUUAUUCAGAUCAUCGGUAAGUUUUAAUCAUCACAUUGGUUUUCUUUUCGUAUAAAAAAUCAACCUCUCAUAGAAUAACCCAAUAAGUUUAAUUUUAAAGCAAAAAACAUUUUUUUUUUCUACUUAAGUGACUAGUUACAAUUUUUAUUUUCUCCUUUUUCUUUUCUUUCUUUUUUUAACCUCUGAGGUAAAACACGUUUAUUUAAUGUGUGAUUUCAUUAAACAUCAAUAUAGAUCUCAAUGUAUAUAGAAAUAUAUAGACACACAUAUAUAUAUAGACAUCAAUAUCAAUUAAAAUACAUUAAAUCAGUGUUUCCGAACUUUCGUUGUGCCAUGCCCCAACAGAGGGUUUCUAAAAUUCGGUAGCCCCCCCCCCCCCCCACUUUUUUUUCCGUGUAUCAUAUACAUAAUUUUUAAUAUUCCAAACUAGGAUUGUUCAUUGAAGAAACUUAAAUGAUAGAUUUUAGGAAGAUUUCACUAGGAAUUCGACGAGGAAACAUUAGUAAGUACAUUUUCAAAACAUUUAACGGAGAACUGAAAUUCAAACAUGAAAUAGUUUUAAUGAAAGAUUUUUCUAUAUUAUUUUAAUUAUUAGUGAUUAUUUAUUAUUUUAAUUUAGUGAUGUGUUUGCGCUUGAUGCUUGAAUCAAAGGAAUUGUAUGUUAAGUUCCAAGGAACUGUAUGUUAAGUUCCAAAUGAGUUAGCUCCAGCCUCAAGCCAACCAGUUGCGUUAUAUCCAGCCGAUUUCUUUUUUUUUUCUUUUUAUUUCCAAAUCAUAUAUUGACCCAAUAUCCACAUUCAGCUGCAUAUGGAAACAUUAACAAUAGUUUCCUUGUACAUUUGGUUGAAUUUGGAUAUUUUAUUUGUUUCCUCACAAAUCAAACCAUCGCUCCAUUUAUAUUUAAAAAAAAAAAAAGAUUUGACUGACUCACCAUUUUGCAUUUCUGCGAAUUCUUCCUAAAAAGGCAUAUUUGAUAUAUCAGGCAAAUUCACUGUCAUAGGCAGCAUCAUCCAAGUUGGAUUUUUCUUUUAAAGGAGCCGAAAGCAUUUUCAGAUUAUCGACAAUAACAAGUAUAGCGAUAUCCGUCACUUCAGAUUUUUGGAGCCAAUGAAACUUUUCAAAAUUGUUGUUGUAAAUAUUUUUUCUGACGUAAUUCAAUAAAGGUAAUAAAACGAAACAUCUUUGCUUUUGCAUCAACAAGAAUUUUAUUUAAAAUAUCAUGAUAAAUAACUCAAAAAUGUUUUACCAUCCACCGUUGACAGAUACUUCAUUUCUGGUUUGUCAGUUUAAAAAAAUCGCAAGAGUAUCAAAUAGUUCCAUAAAUCUUUUCAAGCAAUGCCCUUUCGAAAGUCUGCAAUUUGGUCUUCACGAAAUAGGCAUUAGCUUUAAUAGCGUUGAUACACUUUGUAACUGAAUUUACUACUUCAUUUAGAACAGGCCAAAUGUUUUUAGCUCCUAAGUUUUCCCUAUGAAUAACACAAAUGCACAAGUAGCAUUUCUGGAUUCUCCUCUUUCAUCAAUUUUAAGCAGCCAUUGUUCUUGCCCAUCAUUUUAGGAGCACCAUCUGCAGCACAAGAUGUUACAGUUUUCAUGUGUUACAUUAUUGAAUUCUAAGUAAUUGUUUUGCUUUUUAUAUAACUUUGGCGGUGAUGGUGCUUUCUAAUGAUUUACAUAACAAAAUUUCGUCAGCAAAACACCCUUUAUCAAUGUUUCUUACGUAAGUUAUCUGUACAACCUCACUGUCUCUCAAAGUUGAUUCAUCCAUUUGCACUGAGAAUUUUCUUGUUUUCGGCUUUUCAACUAGUUAAGUUUCAAUACCUUCACUCAUUUCGUGUAUUCUUCUCCAAACAGCAUGGUUACUGAGUGACUUAGCUUUUAUGUCUUUGCCAUCUUUUUCCAGAACCGUUUUAAUAAAUGGUGAUAUUGUUGGUUUGAUUAAAUUAUCUUCUGUAGUGGGAUUUUACCCAGAUUUAGCUAUGAGUACGGAAAAUUCAUAUCUCGCCUGAAGAGUACGAUUGACAUUUGUAUUAUGCGCAGUAAAUAAAGAAUUUAAUGAAGCUCCUUUUUAAAACUACAAUUUAAAUCAUAGUAGAUGGUUAAUUUUCAAUUUCUAGACAGGUCACUUUCGAAUCGCCCCCUAAACAAUUAAAUUUCACCCUGUGGGGCUUGGGCCCCCACAUUGGGAAACACCGCACUGAAUAAUGUGCGUGGGAAAAUGUGGGGGGGGGGGGCGUACGGAGGGAUCUCCCUUUCAAUUAUCUGCAAUGGUGUGUUGUUGUUUUUUUUUUUUUAACCCUGUGGGGCUUGGGCCCCCACAUUGGGAAACACCGCACUGAAUAAUGUGCGUGGGAAAAUGUGGGGGGGGGGGCGUACGGAGGGAUCUCCCUUUCAAUUAUCUGCAAUGUUGUGUUGUUGUUUUUUUUUUUUUGUGUGAAAGAAGUUUUAAAAUCAUUGAAUGUUUGCACCACAGAAGAAUAAUAGAAAGUGCACUAACAAGGUUUGCUAAAGUAAAGGCUAGGAAAAAAAUGUGAUUGGUAAGCUAAUUGUUCAUACUGCCCACGGUAGGCUGAUUGUUCAUACUGCCCACGGUAGGCUUAUUGUUCAUACUGCCCACGGUAGGCUUAUUGUUCAAACCUUCCCACGGUAGGCUAAUUGUUCAUAUCUAUCACGGUGGGCUUUUUCUUCAUACUUUCCAAAUACAAGUCAAGAAAUUAGUUUUGUCUAUUCCUUUUUGAAAAAAAACAACCUAGGUAGUAAACAAAAUACAUAAUCCACAGUUGUUUUGUUUGCACACAUUUUUAUGAGCAUACUUUAAACGGCGCUAAAACCAAGCUUGCCUGCUACGUCCGCAACCCUGAGACCGGCCCUGCAUGAUUUUAAAAAAAAAAAUUAUUUACAUUUUUCCAGGUAUUUUUUUUUUUUUAAAUUUUAAAUGCAUAAAAUCUGGAUUGACUUUAAACUGUGUUUCUCCAUUGACUGCUUGUCAGAAAUAGCAAUUUAAAUGUAGUCGGUGUGUUACGACAGCCGUUCUUUUGUUUACAUUCUGAAACUCAUGCAUGACCUCUUGCUGACACUAAGUUUGGCCCUGCGAGCGGUGUGAAUUAAUGACACAUUGUCUCCCUUGACACUGAUUACCAUUAAAUACAUUCUAAAGUCUGUGGAAGUAGAAAUCUGUCAAAUGUACGAGACGGGUCGAGGUGCGGAUACAAUGCUGAACCCCGUUCUUAAAAAAGACUAUAAAUACGCCUAUCGACAUAGGAAGGAAUUCGCUGCUAUAGAGGUUUGACUAUUACGAAACGAGACGAAGAUUUGUAGAUUAAUAUUUACUCUCUGUAAAUGUGUGAGUGUACCUCUUUUAAACAUUGUACCGGUACAAGUUCAUUGCCGAACUGUCAGCCAACAGCGUUAAUUUUAUUCUAGUUGAUUUUUCUAUUGAAAAAUUAUCUUCAUAAAUUAUUACUUGUAAUUAGUCCUCGUUUUGGUAUCAUUUUUUUUAUUAUUGUUAUGCACUGUUUAUCAACGAGCCAUAUAGUCAAAUAAGAGAUUAAAUUCUCUCGCUACAAGAUAGCAGUACGUAACACAGUGGUCAUGACGGAAGCAUUUGAAAAUAGACGAACUACGAAAGGAUUUUUUAGAAAAAGGUUAUCUAAAUAGCUAUGUACUGUGCGACGGUAUUUCAUUGAGCUUAAAAACUAGUUUUACUAAACUUGUAACAACUCUGCAGACCCUUUGGUAUUCGUGGUAGAGUCGCCUUUUUUUUUCUUCUUUUUUUUUUACUUUCCUUUCCGUUUAAUGCUGUAUUCCGUUUCCAUAAUCAAAAUGUAUUUUUUUCCAAUUUCGACUCACUCCAAAGUCAAAUAUCUGAUUUUUUUCCUUUCUUCUUUGUUCUCUGUCUUUUUUUCCGUUGAAAUUGUUCAGCGAAAACGUUCUUUUUGUUGAUUUUUCCAAGUUUCUCCCCUGGUCUGUGAGUUACAUUAUUCAAAAUUGCUUCAAUCUGGACGUAAGCCUUACCCCAAAGCCAUGGUACACGUAACAAGAAUAACAGUUUUUUGUUGUUCUUCUUUUAUUUUAUGUGAAUUAAAAAGGGGGUAUUUAAAAAGUAAGUUUUUUAAAUCAUAUAUUUGUAAUACGGCAUUAUUAAAGAAAUAACUAAAAUGUCUCGAUAGGUUUUAUCCUUGGCCUAAUAGCAUUUGGAACAAACUACCUGGCCUCCGGGUUUGGUGCGUACAAACAUGAUCGCUCGCGGGUUGAAGUCAGUGUUGGGCUUUGGCAAUACUGUGAGAACGCCAAGUGUGCUGCUACGAGUGAUGUACUGGUUGCCCACGACAGAAGUACGGGUAAGUGACGCUAGCAAAUGAAUGGCAUACGACAGAAACAGGGGUAAGUGACAUGAGCACAUGAAUGACAUAAAACAGUAGCACGGGUGAGUGACAUUUGCACAUGAAUGACAUGCGACAGGAGCACGGGAUUCAAGCGUAGGGACAACACAGAAGGUUUUUGCAAUAUGUGACAGGGAGAGAAAUACAUAAGUACCGUAGUUCCAAAUACACUCAUUACUGAGAGUAAAAUCAUCAAGUUGUUAUAUAAUGGUAGACUUCAUCAUAUGACUCCAUUAAAACACAAGCCAAGUUGGAUCGAUUACAUUUAAUCAGCCGAUGAUUAUUCUGUUAUUCUAUAACUUGGGUACCGUGCGGAAGCAAGUUGACAGAGACAGUUUUCAAUAAUCAGACUUUGACAGGUUUUAAUCUCCUAGACGGACACUUUUAAACAAUGAGGCUAUGACGAGAUAUGGACAAUUACAAGGACAGCUUCAAACAAGUAGCUUAUGUCAGGUUUUAAUCAAUUAGACUAACAUUUAAAACAAUCAGAUUGACAGUUUUAAACAAAUAGACUAUGACAUUUUGAAAUAGGUAGACUGACUGGUUUUAAACACUUAGACUGAAAGCUUUAAACAAAUAGACUAUGACAGUUUCUAUGACAAUCUGCUUGAUAACUACGAUCAAUAAUUGGGGCUGCACCACUUUCCUUGGAGUUUGAUCACAAAACGAUAAAUGUUAACAUAAAGCAAUCUUUUCAAAAUUAAAAAUAAAUCAAAUUUUACAUUUUCAAAUCUCCUAUCUUUCCUUCUCUCUCUCUUUCUUUCUCUCAAUGUGCUGACGUCAUUAGUUUGGUUGAAUGCCAGUAAGGUAAUGAUGGGGUUGUCCCUCGUCGGAGAAUUCGUCACCAUCAUUAUGACAUCCCUGGUUAUCUUCCUAACGCUGACCAAAAUUGUAGGACAGGGCACUUUGGUGGUUGCCGGGAUAUCAGGUAUGUUCCUGUCACGUGACGCUGUAGUGACUGUACGUGCAAAUUACAUAGGGGCAAAUUAAAAACAAUUUAAAUUUUAGUAAAUAUAAAUAAAUCAGUUCAUCCAGUUAUCGUUGAUUAACAUUCGAAUAAAACAAACUCCUCGCUUGAGGAAAAAACCAAACUUAUUUUAUUAUUUUGUGAAACAGUUAUGUAAUGGAGACAUAAAAGUUUCACAGCUUACUAGGGGAGUCUAAGAGACACAAGACCGAAAUGGGGGAGUUACCAGCAAAAAUGAUAUGAAUAUUAAUAAGGAAUUAGCUCUCGUAAACGCACUCUGGUACUGAACACUCAUCAACGACUUUACAAAUAAAACUAAUGAAAUAGCAUCAUAUAUAAAUGAAUUAAAUGGGGUAUGUACUUAUAAAAAAAUUUAAAAAAAAAAACAAACUCAUAUCGCUUUUGUUGUAAAGAAAUAAAAUCAAAUGACCUAUAAUUAAAAUAUGUCUUGAGCAAUAAGAACUAAAUUACUGAAAAGCGUUGAUGGAAGGCGACUACUUAUAUCUAUUUGUGUUUUCAUUAAACUACAUCAUCAUUUUAACAGCCUCGCGUACAUUGAUGCUUUCGUUUGCAUUUCAUUCCAGUGCUGUUCGGCGUCAUAGGAGCUGCUGUCGCCGGUGGAGAGAGCAAACGUGUCUUCAACGACAUCAACGGUUCUAACAUCAUCACAUCUGCGUGGUCAUUUACCUUGUUUAUGAUUGUCCAACUCCUCUAUUUUGUAGCUGGAGGUCUUUAUUUUUUAGACCUGAGAUGGAAGUCAUAAAAAUCAAACCGAUCGCGUACAAUACUUGGACAUUUACUAUAAAUGAAAUGGAAAGGAGCGGCGUCGUGUUUUCUUCCUGUGACAAUGUGUUCAAACAGAGAUUCUGCGGACAUUCGCUGUACGUCUACUACAGAAAGCUCAGUGCGAGAGUGCCUGUUUGUAAAUGGUUCGAUUAAUCAAAAGGCAACCACACAAUGGGUAAACGGUAAAAUGUAGAGUGUAGAGAACAAAGUGUAGAAGGUAACGAGUAAUAUUUAGAUGGUGGACAGUACAAUAAAAGAGGGUAAAGACUGAAACAUAGAUAGUAGAGAGUAAAAUGUAGAGGGUAACGUGUAAAAUAUAGAGGGUAAAGAGUAAAAUCAAAUAGUAAAAUGACUAAGAGGAGCGUCACGUUAGGUUAUUUUUUUUUUUUGGUGUACUCAUUUUUCAUAAGCCUCUAUAAGGGUGGUUGGACAUGAGAUUAUACUUAUAACAUUGUUCAGGGGCGUUCAUAAUGGGUGCUUCGGUGCACACCAGGGUUUACAAUCUUGUGGUUUCCUUAUUAAUUUUAAUUAACAACUGUAUACAAAGAAAUCAUCCAGGGCACAGCGAGAGGAGGGAGAAGAGCAAGACAGAGAGAAAGAUGGGAAGAUGAUUUCAAAGAGUGGACGGGACUAAAACUAGGGUGAUGCUUUGUGAGUCGCAGAAAAACAGAGAGGAAUGGAGAAGGAUAGUUUCCUUGCCGUCUGUGGCGCCCCAACGGUCCAAGGACUAAGUGACAUGAUGAUGAUGAUAAUGAUGAUAUACAGUAGGAAGGUAGAAUCCCAUUGUUUAUAAUUUAGCUUCAAAUCUGAAUGUAGUAAAGCAGCGUCAAUGAAUAGAUGGAUGAUGUUUUAUGUAUGUAGUAAUGUAUCAUAAUAACUAUUUGUUACACGCUCAAUCAGUUCUGGUCCUAAACAGAUUUCCUUUAUUUUAAAUAUAAUUAUUACAAGGUGACAUUUUUUAUAAGCUCCCUAUUUAAGUUUCUGUCCUGAAUUUUCUAAACAGAAAUCAGAUGUAAGUGUUACAAUUAAAAACACUACAAUGGAAAAAAUGGCUUACGCAAAUUCAUUAAUGUGUUAAUAUUUUAUUUCUCAAUAUUUGUUUAUAGUAAAUAAAGUUUUUUUUUUUCCUUUAUAUCUCAAAUGAUUUCAAAUAUGUUCAUUCUUGUGU